AUGACUACUAUCGACUCGGCAAUAAUCGCCAAACAUACAACGUCCUCGACCCCCCAGCCGCAUGUUAUCUACAUUAUUGAGGUUACGCACGACAACGGAGCGAUCUUCGAGGUCCAAAGGCGCUUCUCUGACUUCGUUGCGCUGAAGCUCGCCCUUGGAGACUGCUUCCCGCUCCCACCCAAGCGCACCAUCACGACAUCGGUCGUCCCGUGCGCGUGGAUGGAUGAUAGACUCAUUGAGGAGAGGAAGCGCGGGCUUCAGAUGUACUUGACGUACCUCCUACACGACCUCGCGCGUCGCCGUGAUCCGGAGCUCGCGCGGUUCCUGGCUCCAGGGUACUACAGAUACAUUGGCCGCCUCAGUGCUGCAAACAACGCCAAGGACGGGCCUGGUGGAGAACAAGUGACGACCCCGAGCAUGAUACAAGCAAAGAGCGCCUUGGCGUCGAGCUAUAUGCGCUCAGGUGGCGCGAACGCCGCAGGGACGGAUGAAGACAGAAAGAAGCCCAUCGCCGCAUCCUACUACCCCUCGUGGGCGGCUGAUACGCUUCCACCGAGCAAGAUUGAUUUCUCCAAGUUCGACGUAAUCUUCUUUGCGUUUGUAACUCCAAACGGAACCGCUGGCAUCAAUUGGGAUGAUGGAUCCGAGAAGGUGUUGCAAAACCUGGUUGUUGCUGCUCGUCAGAGUGGUCAUAGCACAAAGAUCGUACUCUCCGUUGGUGGAUGGGGUGGGUGCCAUUGGUUUAGCCAGGUGAUGUCGACCUCCUCGAACCGCACCAAGUUUGCAAAUACCCUGGUGAACACUGUCAAUACUUAUGGGUUAGACGGUAAGGCAACUACCAUGAUGUCGUCUCAACUGCAGACUUAUUUGGAUCUUGAAGGCAUCGAUAUCGACUGGGAGUACCCCAACGCAGAAGGAAACGGGAACCCUCACUCAUCAGCAGAUACCGCCAAUUUGCUUAGCUUUUUCAAGAUGCUCCGCGACACUUUCGGGCCAACGAAGAUAAUUUCGGCGGCAGUUACUCAGCUUCCAUGGCUGGGACCUGACAGUGCUCCGUUAACCGACGUUUCUGCUUUUGCUGCUCAGAUGACUUACGUUAAUAUCAUGAAUUAUGACGUGUUCGGGGCGUCGUCGAACCCUGGACCGAAUGCUCCUCUAGGUGGGGGGAACCUCUGCGGUUCGAGCACUCAGCCAAAGGCAACAGCACAAGCGGCCUUCGCUCAAUGGACAAAAGCUGGUAUGCCGGCGUCGAAAUUGCUCCUAGGCCUGCCAUUGUACGGUUACGUCUCCAAGAGCUCGUCCAAGAAGCUCUCUGGUAGUUUGAUUCCGACUCCGAACGACCCACGCUUCCCCCCUGGUGCCCAUCCAAGGCAUCCUCCUAUCUCGGCGAACGGUGCUCAAGGCGAUCUUAGUCACCUUUGGGGCCAGCAGAUUGCGUUUAGCCAAAUCAUCAGUUUUGGUGCUCUGACGCAGAACUCGGAUGGCAGUUAUGGCGGGGUCAAUGGAUACACGAUGGGAUGGGACGAUUGCAGCGACACACCGUAUCUGUUCAACACGGCUCAGACUACAGUAGUUACCUAUGACGACACUUGGAGCAUCGCAAGUAAGACCCAGUUUGCGAAGAAAUCGGGAAUGGCAGGGUGCUUCACCUGGUCGAUGGAUCAGGACGACGGGCUGGCUUUGCAUAACAUUAUUCUUCACAACUUGAGGAAGUAA